GCCAGUGCGGUAGGUUCGAGGGUAGAGAGGAGGAGAGUACAGCGGGACUGAAGAGCUUCCUGUGGAGGCGUAAGGGUUCCACCUCCCGCCUGUUGUCAGCUGGAGCUGCGCUCCGGACAGGACGGAGAAGGAGUUUUAUUUUUCAUGACUCUUUACUUCACACUUAAGGGAGUCGCUUCAGAGCCCCCCCCCCCCGGCUCCUCUCCCGCUGCGCUUGUUUGCACUGAGGUUACGCUGGGGAGUCGUGCACGUCGGCGAACUCAUACGAGAGGAGAUUACGGAGCCGUGCGUGUGAACGGACUGAGGUUAGAAGGCACCAGGGGAGCAGUGCACGUCAAACGCGCUCUGCAGCAUCAAUAACACCUAUUUCACCGUUCAGCAGCAGCAGCAGCAGCAGCAUGCAGCGAGAGGAAUCCUUUCAGACGCUUCCCCGCUCCAGACGGUGAAGGAAGAGGGUCGGAGGCGAGGAGGCAGUUUGUGGAUAUAUGGGAGAUUUGUUGGAUUUUCAUCACCCCGUCGUUGCAAACUUGUGUCCGGGAUGGGGAAGGAGCAGGAGCUGCUGGAAGCCGCCCGGACCGGGAAUGUCGCCCUGGUGGAGAAAUUGCUGAGUGGGAAGAAGGGGAUACUGGGGUCAGGCUCCGGCUCCAUCCCUCUGCCCAACCUGCUGAGCAUGUGGAAGGGCCUGAAUGUCAACUGCACAGACAGCACAGGAUACACACCUUUACAUCACGCUUCACUUAACGGACACAGGCAGGUGGUGCUAAAGCUGCUCCAGUUCGAGGCGUCCACCAACCUGGCUGACAGCAAGGGUUGCUUCCCGCUGCACCUGGCCGCCUGGCGGGGAGACGUGGACAUCGUCCGCAUCCUCAUCCACCACGGACCCUCGCACGGCCGGGUCAACCAACAGAACCAUGAGAGGGAAACGGCGCUUCAUUGUGCAGCCCAGUACGGACACUCUGAGGUGGUUUCAGUGCUGCUUCAGGAGCUGACCGACCCCACCAUGAGAAACAGCCAACAGGAGACCCCUCUGGACCUGGCAGCGCUGUACGGACGCCUGCAGGUGGUGCGCAUGUUGGCGAGCGCUCACCCCAACCUCAUGACCAGCCACACUCGCCGACACACUCCGCUUCACCUGGCUGCACGCAACGGACACCACAGCACCGUCCAGACCCUGCUGGAGGCCGGCAUGGACGUCAACUGUGUGACGGAGAAUGGCAGUGCCCUCCAUGAGGCAGCUCUCUGUGGGAAGAUGGAUGUAGUUCGCCUUCUGCUUGACUCAGAGAUCGACACCAAUCUCAAAAACAGCCAGGGGAGAACAGCUCUGGAGAUCCUGAGAGAGCAUCCUGCACCGAAAUCCCAGCAGAUCACUGCUCUUAUCCAAGAAUAUAUGAUUGACGAGAUGGAGAUGGAGAUGAGUAUCAUGGAGGAGCCUAUUUGCAAGUGUCCCAUCCCUGCACCUCGAACCUCUGUUCCCUCGCCCUGUGCCUCCCCCUCCCUCAGACACAAGAAUGAUGCUGUGACAAGUGAACUGUCCAAGCUGCUCCACGAGAUCAAAAAGUGCCGGGACAGGGACUACUCCUUCGAGGAGCUCUGUCACACCAUCUCCUCCCACUCCAUGGACAGCUUCGGCAGCGGGCGGCUCUCAGACGAGGAGCGCCCAGAUCGACCCAACGGCACCCUGACUCGAGUCAAGCGGCCGACCCCACCUCUGGCUGUGGCUCUGGAGGAGGAGGAGGCAGAAAAGAGUUGCGGCCCCACUGGAUUCUGGGAGGCCCUGACACCCUGCAACGGCUGCCGCAACCUGGGCUUUUCCAGCCUAUCACAGGAUUCAAAGCGUUCAGCAGAGAUCGUCACCUCUCCGUCUCUGGAUGUGUUCCUGCCAGAGGACGAGGACAAUCCUUACGAGUCUGUGACCACAGCCGUCACGCGGAAACCCUGUUCCCUAGAUAUCAAUUACCGGCUCAACGCCUGUCCACGCAAUGGUCACCUGUCCCAUGUAACUGUGAGUGAGGGGGAGUACGGUAACCACGGCAACUGUUCGACGGGACCCACUCCAGACUGCUCCCCCCCGUCCCCCGACACUGCCCUGAAGAACAUUGAGAGAGUCAUCCGCCCACAGCCCAAGCAGCGCACCUCUUUGUCUUCGUCCCUGGACGUCCAGAGGCCGGUGAACCACAGCUGUGAGCCCAGCGAGGUGAGCUCGUCCCUGGGCUACGCCAGCUUCAGCACCAGCCCCCCUGCCAGCCCUCCGCUCAGCCCUAACCAGGAGGACUCUGCAGGCUCCAACGACGACUGUCAGCUCACGGACGACGGGCCGUACCAGCGAGACCCGCCUCCUCCUCUCUGCUCUUCCUCCACAUCCAGCGCUCUGUUGGAGGAGCGCAGGAAGAGCCACAUCCCAGAGGAGUUUGCAGGCCUCCUUCAUGGAUCUUCCCCGGCGUGUGAAACGCCCGAUACACCGUUCCAUCUUUACAGCCCCAAACCCCGAAAAUAUGCCUCCACAGACGUCCAGAGCAGCCUGGUGCAGAACCCGGAGCUCAGCAUCGUGAUUGGAGGCGGACCCACUCAGAUCUUCACCAAGACUGGGAGCGAUUCGUCGCCUCAGGGGGACGCAAACCCCUCCCAGAAGCCACAGGUGGUAUACCGGACUAUCUUCCACACUAGGGUCAACCAGGACCAGGUCCGACCCAGGAACUGCGAGCAGGUGGAUCCACCUUGUGGCUGGUCUGCGCUGGGCCACCCCCCCUCCUACUCCUCUGGUCAAAACGGCAAAAUUCCAGAGUUACGGGGGAACCAGACAGGAGGUGUGCCCAAGGGCAGUUCAGUCGGUGCUGGCUACGAGGAGAGGGCCUGCACCCUGGGGAGGAUGAGGUCCAUGCCCCGCAGUGUGUUGGACCUGCAGCUGUCCAAGUCUCUGUCCAAGUCUGAUUCCAACCUGGUAGCUGUAUCUCCUAUACAGGAGGAGCAUGGCUGGGGGUCUGGAUCUCGUGGCCAGGGGCCUGGAAGUCCGAGCCCAGGAGAGGGUUCCAGCCCGGCGGGAAGACUGGAGAGAACGCCCUCCUUCACUGCUGAGUGGGAAGAGAUCGACAAGAUUAUGAGCUCUAUUGGUGCAGGAAUAGGCAGUGGAUUGGACAUCAAGGAGGACACCUCAGGUCCCCGCUGCCCAAUGCAGUCCGUGGGCCAGUGGCUUGACUCCAUCGGUCUGGUCCAGUACGAGAACCACCUGCUGGCCAAUGGAUUUGACAACGUCCAGUUCAUGGGCAGCAAUGUGGUGGAAGACCAGGACCUGCUGGAGAUCGGGAUCCUCAACUCGGCCCACAGACAACGGCUCCUGCAGGCCAUACGGCUGCUGCCCAGGAUCAGACCCGUCGGUUACGACGGCAACAACCCCACGUCGGUGGCAGAGUGGCUGGAGUCGUUGGAGCUCGGCGACUACACCAAGACUUUCCUCAUCAACGGCUACACGUCCAUGGAGCUGGUCAAGAAGAUCUGGGAGAUCGAGCUCAUCAAUGUAUUGAAGAUCAGUCUCAUCGGACACAGAAAACGGAUCCUUGCCUCAUUGGGGGACCGGCUACACGAAGACACCCCACAAAAACCUCCACGGGCCAUCUCCCUAAGGGAGCCCGGCGGGAACCACACUCCUCCCCAGCUCAGCCCGUCGGUGGGCCAGGCAGCGUACACGGCGGGGGUCCCGGGUGGAUCUCUGGACGUGCAGCACCUCAUCAUGCAGGCGGACGCCCGGCGCAGGCAGCGCAGCAAUGACAACUACUUCGAGGACGUGCCGCGAUCCAAGCUGGAGCGACAGAUGGCCCAAGUCAGCAUGGCUGGCGAGUGGUGCGAGCCGAUCACGUUGCGUCCGCCCAACGAGGCCACCUCGUCCACUCCGGUGCAGUACUGGCAGCAUCACCCCGAGAAGCUCAUCUUUCAGUCCUGUGACUACGAAGCCUACUACCUGGGCUCCAUGCUGGUGAAGGAGCUGAGAGGGACGGAGUCCACACAAGACGCUUGUGCCAAAAUGAGGAAGUCGACCGAACAGAUGAAGAAAGUGCCGACCAUCGUGCUCUCCGUGUCCUACAAAGGAGUGAAGUUCAUCGACGCCACAAAUAAGAACAUCAUAGCAGAACAUGAGAUCCGUAACAUCUCGUGUGCGGCUCAGGAUCCAGAGGACCUGUCUACAUUUGCCUACAUCACCAAAGACCUCAAGUCCAGUCACCACUACUGCCACGUCUUUACUGCUUUUGAUGUGAACCUGGCGUAUGAGAUCAUCCUGACGCUCGGCCAGGCCUUCGAGGUGGCCUAUCAGCUGGCCCUGCAGGCCAGGAAGAGCGGCCACGGAUCGUCCACGCUGCCCGAGAGCUUUGACAGCAAGCCCAGCAAACCUGUCCCCAAACCUCGAGUCAACAUCCGAAAAUCUAUGGAGCAGCCGUCCAUGGACCAGAAGGGCCACGCAAACGUGCCGUGGAUUGUGGAGCCGGGUCAGGAGGCGAAGAGAGGAGUCAACACCAAGUACGAGACCACUAUUUUCUAACAUACACCCGCCUUGUCCACUCCUGUGUGUGUGUGCCUUUCAGAGGUUGCCCUGUACUGGGGCCCCGCCCCCGGAGUUGGGUACGAGCGACGCACGCCGCCGCGUCACCUCACCGGCUGAAAAAUAAAAAACAAAACAUCCUGCCCCGUCCCCCGUUAGCCGAGCCUGUCCACUGCAUGAUGAAGUUUGGCACUGCGCUGUCUCUCUCUCUUCUUUCUCCUUGUCUCUUCUUCUCUCUUUUUGUUUCUGCUCUGCCCUUCUUUGGCCCGGGCCCCAUCCUCCUGCCUGCAGGGCUGGCGCAUGACCCCGGGGCUGUGGUGCACUUCUGUGUCUCCACCUGUUGGGGGAAUUGUCAGCUCUGUUUUUUUCCCACUUCCUGUUUGUCAGUCAGUCAGCGGUCAAGCAGUCAGUUGUUCUUCUUUUUUUUGUUCCUGUUGAUGGGUGCAACCGUUUGGCUUCGUCUCUCUCCUCUUUUUUUUCUCCUCUGACUGCCUCCAUCGCUCGCUUUUCUCUACAUCUUCUGCCCCCUUGUCCAACUGCCCCUGACAACUUGAAUGACAUUUGUAACCAGAAUACUGCUAAGAGCUGUGACAGUGUUUUAGCUGUCUGUUGAGCCCAGUGCGGGAGCUGACAAUGAGGAGGGCGGUUGUCGAAACAUGACAGCUGGAGGAAAGUUCAGACUUUUUAAACAUUUUUUUAAUCAAAGAGGAGCGCUGAAUUACAGGAGAGGUGAUGUAGCACAGUCUCUUUGACUCAAACUGGUUCAUCCAGCAGGCUACUAGAAUGUAUUACAACUUUUUGAUCCUUUAUAUCAGAUUAUUUUUUUGAAAAUACUAACAAACUUGUGAAUUUCUUUGACACACACCUUUAAACAUGUCCUGUGACACGGGAAGAAUUUCUUUUUGUUUUUCGCUUUUAUAGCACCUUUUCCACCACAUGUGUGUGUGUGUGUGUGUGUGUGUGUGUGUAUAUGUUCAGAUUUAUUUUAACCGAAUGGAUUUCUCCCUGGCCAUGAACCUUAUUUUAUUCAGAGGGGACAACAUCUUGUACGUAAUCGGUUUAGCAUGUGGCUUGUGAGACGCAUGGUGGCCAUUUUAGACUUGCUGAGCGGGGGGGGGGGGCCGGUGUAGAGGCGGGGUGUGAGGGCUCUCUCGAUAAGUGAUGUCAUCUCAUUUGCAGGGCAAUGCCGGACGCUCAUGUCUAUUACUGUGGAAUGCAAAGAAUGUAGCCAGCCCUAAACACGGACCUUGUCACACACACACAAUGCAAAAUGGAUUACAAAAGGACUACAAACAUGGACGCCACUCCACAGUGUUUAAGGUUGACUACAAAAUUCUAACAUCAUUCAUCCACAUGAUAAACAUAUGACAUUUAUACACAGUAACAGGACUGCAUCUUGAAUGUACACUUAUUUGAAAGCAGCCUCGACGUUCUCCAACUACAGCAGGAUCUUUUUUUAAGAGCCCAACUGGGAGGCGUGACCUGUGACCUUUUGGGGGUGGUCAGUGUGGUUACAGGGCAUCUGUUGGUUAACAGACAAUGGACUCGCUAAAGGCACCACUGGGCAUGUGUCAUUGAUGGAACGGGCAUGGGGUUUGAGGACGGCCGGCUGGCUCUUUUUGGUCUUUUUUUAAAUUUUCUUUAAAGUCAGAAUAUAAUACAGAGAUAUAUGCACAAGUGUGUAAAUGUGAUUAGACCCUGCAGCACGCUGGAGAUGCAACAGGUGUGUCCUUAUGAGAUGUCUCAUAACGGAUUAUAAACCUAUGUGAACAAAACAGCAUCUGGCGUGAACAAAACAGCAUCUGGCGUAAAAAAAAAAAAAAAAAGUAUUCUAUUCGUAUUGCCCGACAUUUUAAUGUUUAAUAUGAGAGUAUUAUAUUACCAUGAUGAUUAUGAUUAUUCUUGUGCAAUUCUUGUCUGUUGUCUUAAUGUUACAUUAUUUUUCUAUGAUAUGAUGAGAUGAAAACCUUGGGCUUGAGAAUGAUGGCCAUCCUUUAAAAAAAAAAUCUGAAACUAUAUGAUCAUCCUUGUACUCAGAGUGAAUGUUGCAGGUGGCUAGCUAACUCAUGUCAGGUCAACUCCAUCGUUUCUCACGGGGCUCUACUCUUAUCUAGCAGAUGUAAUAUUUUAAACGCAGUAUUACUGUAUUAUUUGGAUGAGACGUUAUCCGAUCAUAAAAUGUACAUAGAUAUUUUGCCAACUCAUUGUUCAUACAUGUAAUGUAAAAGAGAAAAGAAUAAAGGAUCUGCAGUACGUGGCACUGGAAACAAGGUACCAAAAUAAAGGUUGGAAAUGAAAAGAAGUGGUAGAUUGUAGAGAUUGUAUUUUGAGUGAAGACUGAGAUGGGUUAUAUGGUGACAUCACUGCUGACCAACUUAUGUACAUAGGCUUGGGCUUCCAGCACACUGAUUUUUGUAAUUUGGGCCAUUAUUUAUAUCCUUGUAAAGCACAUGGAAUAAAAUAUGACUUGUAAAACCAUCAUUCA